AUCAAGAAUUUUUGAAGCUGAAGUUUCGAGCGUUCGCCCUUCGUCUGAAACGGUAAUAGUAUUUCGUAAAGGCUGAACCCUCUGCCGGAUCUUCCUAAUAAAUAACCUUCAAUUUUACCUUGUUACAAAACCUGAGCAGGUUAAUUUGAGUUGAGGUUUAUUCAAGACAAAUUCUUAACGGUAAAGUAUCAAAAAAUACCCUAAAAAUGGCAGAAAACGACGCCGUAAAUGGCAACAAGGAAGCACCUACGGACCUCGAAAAGAAGAUCAUCAAGCAAGUGGAGUUUUACUUUGGAGAUAAAAAUCUUCCCAAGGAUAGGUUUCUGAGACAAAAAGCUGAAGAAGAUGAUGGAUGGAUAACAUUGGAGUGUCUUGCAACGUUUAACAGACUCAAGGCAUUAUCAGCAGAUACAGAUGUGAUUGCAAACGCUUUGAGAAAAUCAGAUGCAGGACUUGUCGAGAUCACUGAGGAUAACAAGAAAAUAAGACGAGUCUCGUCCAAACCUCUCCCAGAGAACACUGUUGAAGCAAGACAAACUGCAAAGAGCAAAACAGUCUAUUGUAAAGGGUUCCCCAAAGAUUCCAGUCUUGAUCAACUGGAGGAAUUCUUUGCUAGUUAUGGAAAGGUUAUUUACAUCAUAAUGCGAAAAGAUUUGGAACGUGCGUUCAAAGGAUCUGUGUUUGUAGAAUUUGCGACUGUUGAUGAAGCAAAAGCCUUCACGUCUCUGGAGUCAGUGAAGUUCAAUGACGAGGAACUGAUCAAAAUGAUGAAGGGUGAUUACUAUAAGAAGAAAGAAAGAGAAAAUCCUCACAAGAAAGAGGAGAACAAGAGAAAGGCCGAAAAAAAUGACGAUGCAAAAGAAACGAAAGAAGAAAGCAAAGAAGAUGCAGAGGAAAAAGAGGAGGCCUUGAAGUAUGACAGUGGCUGUGUGCUGCAUUUCAAAAAUGUAGGCGAACAGACAUCUCGUGAAGACCUGAAGAGUCUGUUCGGUGAGCAUGAAGAUAUCGCUUGGGUGGACUUCACCAGAGGAGAAACAGAGGGCUUCAUUCGUUUCUCUAAAGAGGGAGGAGCCCAGCGAGCCAUUGACGCUCUAAAGGAAGCAAACGACGGUAAAAUACUCAUCAGGGAUGUGGAAACAACUCUUCGGGUCCUAGAAGGUGAGGAAGAAAAGAAUUAUUGGUUAAAAACAAAAGAAGACAGAGAAAAAGCCAAGCAAAAGAAAGGAAGGAAAUUUAAAGGAGGACAAGGCGGUCGAGGUGGUCGGCCUCAAAGAAAAAGACGAACUUCCGACAGGCUGGAAGGAAAACGAAACGAUGGAAACGACGAAAAAUCGACAGCGACUCACACGAGAUUUGAUGAAGGGGAACCUUCCGCUAAGAAAACGAAGACAGACGAUGAUUGAUCUCAAGGGACUCGUCGUAUGCACUUCGCAUGCACAACCGGCUUUAGUUUUUAUUGCUCUAGUUUUGGUGCAUUUUUUACAUCUCAAGAACAAGAUGUUUUAGUUUUAAACUAACUUAUUAUACUAGCUCUUCUCAGAGCCGUUAUCCUAUAGGUCGAUCACUAAGGAACGGGAGGCGCUUUCUUUUUCAGGUCGCGUAGAAACCAAACCCCAUUUUUAGUUUUUGUUAGUUUGAUUAUUUUAUUAUCUAACCAAUCAUGUACUUAGAGAAAUUGCUUUCUUCCCAAGCCUUUGUAACUGUGGCGCUGGCCAGAGACUGGAAACUAGACCAGUAGUUAAAUUGUUUUGCAAAAUUAGUGGUAUUGGUUUUUUUGGGGUCCUCCUAAAUGGAGUAGAAGGAGGUUCCCUUUGUAUAAGAGAAUACUUUCUACGGAAGGGUUGAAAAGCAAUGAAGUUGCAUUGGUGAAGCAGAGGGAAAACAAAGGAUUUUCUUGAAAUUUGUUUACCUUCUCUUUCACUUGAUUAGAAAUGAUUUCUAACUUGUUCAGUUUCACGUUGAUGAUAAUACAGUGCUUUUUGAUUGAGUGUCGUGAAACAAAACCAAAAUUUCGUAGAAAAGGUUGUGGAUACAGAGAAUAUAUUUAAGAGCCAAUGAGAACUCAAAGUUAAAAAAACCAAACUAUCUAUAGGGCGGGAAAACGCGGGCGAUCAAGUAAUGAUUGGUUUCAGUUUUGCAUCUGAUUGGUUGAGCGAGUGGUGGAGGUUUUCUGGACCAAUCACAGAACAUUGUUAUCAAGUAAAACCAAAACAAUCCCGGGUUGCUUUCGACACUCGACUGAAAACUGCGGUAUUAGUAGCACUAGGGAAUUUAAGAAAACUACGAAGGCAACGAUAGCGUCACCAAACGAAAGGUUUACUGAGCAGAACAAUGGCUGUGCACGUGCGUUAUAAAUCUUUGUAAAUUACUUUGCGUCCACUGCCAACAACAACGUGAAAUGACCAAGCUUUGCGGCUUUUUUCGGAGAACGUGAACGACGACAGCUAAUUUUUUAAACUUCUAUUUCUAAUUAAACGCUGUGUUCCAUG